GGGAAAGUCGUUGGAAAGGGGGCUGGUUUUUUUUUACCGGUGCGUGCAGGAAGCGGGCUGCUUUUGGUGAAUCUUGUGCAGAAUGUUGGAAGCGGCUAGCAGCAGCUAACCCUUAGCGCUGCCAACCUCUGAAGUUGGCCAGCCAUCGUGUUAUUCUAGUGGUUGAGGAGGCAGGAUGGCGGGAGCAGAGGUCUGCGCCCCUGCGAACCCCACCUGCAAGAUCAUGACCUUCAGGCCCACGAUGGAAGAAUUUAAAGACUUCAACCAGUACCUGGUGUACAUGGAGUCUCAAGGUGCACACCGUGCAGGCUUAGCUAAGGUCAUCCCUCCUAAAGGCUGGAAGCCCCGUCGUACCUACGAUGAUAUCGACGAUUUAAUGAUCGACGCUCCUAUUCAGCAGAUGGUUGCGGGCCAGUCGGGGCUCUUCACGCAGUACAACAUCCAGAAGAAGCCUCUAAGUGUGCAGGAGUUCAGGCGCUUAGCAAACAGUGACAUGUAUUGUACACCUCGUUACCUUAACUACGAAGACCUUGAGAGGAAAUACUGGAAGAACCUCACCUUUGUCUCCCCCAUAUAUGGUGCAGAUGUCAGUGGCAGCCUUUAUGAUGAGGACGUAGAAGAGUGGAACAUCGGACACCUGAACUCCAUCCUGGAUGUAAUCGAGGAGGACUGUGGUGUCUCCAUCCAGGGGGUCAACACCCCAUAUCUCUACUUUGGAAUGUGGAAGACCACCUUCUCCUGGCACACAGAGGAUAUGGAUCUGUAUAGCAUCAACUAUCUUCAUUUUGGGGAGCCCAAAUCCUGGUAUGCCAUCCCCCCAGAGCAUGGAAAGCGACUGGAGCGCCUGGCUACAGGCUUUUUUCCCAACAGCUUCAAGGGCUGUGAGGCUUUUCUGCGUCACAAGAUGACUCUUAUCUCCCCCUCCAUACUGAGGAAGUAUGGCAUCCCCUUCGAUAAGAUUACUCAGGAAGCCGGAGAGUUCAUGAUCACCUUCCCCUAUGGUUACCAUGCCGGAUUCAACCACGGCUUCAACUGUGCAGAGUCUACCAACUUUGCCACAGUGCGCUGGAUCGACUACGGCAAGGUGGCGACACAGUGCACAUGUAGCAAGGAUAUGGUGAAAAUCUCCAUGGAGCCUUUUGUGAAGCGUUUCCAGCCUGACCGUUACGCCAACUGGAUGGUGGGGAAGGAUUCGACGCUCAUUGAUCACACUGUUCCCACUCCUAGCACCACACCAGAGCUGCGGAGCUGGUUACAUAGGCGCCGGAAGACCAAGUCUUCUAAUAAAGGCAGUCACUCUCGGAUGCGCUCCAAACGCCUCAGGACCACAGAGGAGCCUGUUGACCUGGACAGCAGCUUAGCUUUGAGCAGCAGCAAGAGAAAACCUCCAGGUGGGCAGUCUGGGCCCAAGGCAAAGAGGUCUGCAGCUGGGACAGCCUACAAGGAGACGGAGAAAGGGAAGAAAAAGCAAACUGAAGGAAAGAAACCGAAUUUGCCCCAGCUUUCUGCUUGCAAACAAAUGUGCGUGGUCAAGGUAAACCGCGUUGAGAGUAAAAUUCUCGGGUUUUCUAAAAACGGCACAUCUCAGUCAAGCCCUCCAGCCACAACAGGAGAGGAGGAGCUAAAACCUGCCUGUCAGGGCCUCUCAGGGGUCACACACAGAACCUGUGAGGAACCCAGAGACAAUCCCGGGGCACACCUGGAAACCGGGGAUUCGAGGUGUUCUUCUUCUGUGCAGCAACACCUCAACUCACCUUGCCACACAAACACCUCUGCAGACCCUCUAAUGGACGGACCUCCCUCUGAACCUCAGGCUCAGGUAACGACGUCCUCAUAUUCAGAGCUAACGCCGACCACAGACAGGAGCGUACACACACGUACCAGGAGUUACACUAACAAUGUAAAAGCAGAGGACAUGGACAUAGAUGUUAUUCCUAAACAUAUUAACUCCCACUCCAGCACAGAAGCACUUUAUGAACCAGCAGAGGGAGAUAGAGCCGCAUCCAGUGGCUGCAUCUUCCAACACAAUCACAGCGUAGCAAAAGGCCCCACUGAGGAGAACCUUUUACCUCCUCUUCUGCAGAAAAAUGCUGCAGAUAUGCCACAGCUCAUCCCAGAGCUGCUCUGGAAGGCGGGCGCUUGCCCGUUGCCACCUGUGUUGACCCAGGAGAUGCCCUCCCUCACCCCUGCCGACGUUGAGCUUACUCAUUUCCACAAACCCGGAGCGUUCAGUCACCAGGUCGCACCCGUGCUCCAGAGGGAGACGCCGACCGGCUCACCGUCUUCGCAGGAAGCCGGACAGGAAGGUGCUCAUUUACAGCUGUCAAAACCGAGCACAGUGGACCAUGACAGCCGCCGGCAUUUAGAGGCUCCAAUUAAUUACGAGGAGGAUGCAGAGUGUAGUUUAGAAGCAAAUGCGCCUCCUUUAGCUGCCAGCGAUUUGCACAAAAGAACAUCUGGUGACGUAUGUGAAAUGUCGAUAGAAUCUACUCUGGAAAGGGAUCGCAGAAUGCUGGGAAGGUUAAUUCCUAAGCAGAGUGACGAGAGAUCUCAAAGAGAGACGCAAGAAAGCAUGAGAUACAGUACCUGCUGUCCAUCAUCUGCUAACUCUGGCAGUGUUCCCCAAACAUCACAGUCUUCAUUAUUCCCUCAGAAUGAGAACCAAUCAGCAUUAAGACCCAACACUACGUAUUCUAAUGGUUCUUCUCAACACAUCGAGACGAAAAUCUCGUCUGAUUGUAUCUGGGAAAACUUCACUUCCCACAGUCCUGCUAUUCUCAUCCAGAAUCUGCAGCCGGAUCUCCCAUCUGACUUCUCGCAUGAUCCUCUGCCUUACACCAUGUGGACCGAACCUCGGUGCAAAGAGGUCACGGACCUGGAGGACACUGCUCCGGACCUUCGCACAUCCGAGAACCUGGAGGAAGAGGGUGGGGUUCUGACCUGGGCCCAACUGGAGCCCACCUCGCUACUUUCUGUCAGUGCUGCUGAACCCCUGGGACAUGGUGAAGAUUAUGAGUUGCAAAAGGAUGAAGAGAAAGGGGCUCAAUCCGUGGCGAGACUGAGCGAGGCUGAGAGGGAAAUACAGCGAGAGCAGGACCAGGUGUCUGAUAUGGAAGAAGACGAAUCUGAGUGUGAAGAAACAGAGCAGCAAAGCAGCGAGAAGGGUCAGAGCAGCAGUGAUUCCUCUGAGGAAGAAGAGAACUAUGAAUCCUGCCUUGAACCUGGGGAAGUUUGCGCUUACCCGGCCCUGUCAGCCAAGAGGACCACUAAGAGCUGGCGUCACCCUCUCAGGAAACCCACUGCAAGAGCCGUGCCCACAGCCGUGAAACAGCAGACUGCCAGUGACGACGAGCCUCCAGAAGCAAGCCUGGCAGAAGAGGAGGAGGAUGAGGACGACGACGAGGAGGAGGAGGAGGACGACGACGGGGAGCAUGAAAUAGAAGAAUGGGCAAAGCCCCUCAUCUACCUUUGGCAGCACAGAAAGAGCUGCUUCUCUGCAGAGAGGGACUACAAUGCUCACGCUGCCACUAUGCAGCCGCACUGUGCUGUUUGCACACUCUUCAUGCCAUAUUAUCAGGCUGAGGAGAAAGCUGAGGACUUCAAACCUCUGUCUCUGGAGCCCCCCACACCUGCCUGCAGAGGGCUGAGGAGGUCCAAGCCUCUGGUUCCAGAGAUCUGCUUUUCUUUCCGAGAGCAGAACUGUCCCCCGACUCCUACAAACCCCCUGCUGCAAGACGACGGCACAUCCCCUCUCCUGUGCUGCCAGAGCUGUUGCCUGCAAGUUCACGCAAGCUGUUACGGUGUAGCUGCGGAGGACGUCAGCGAACAAUGGUCUUGUGAUCGCUGCACAGGAGGAAGUGUUACAGCUGAGUGCUGUCUGUGUAACCUCCGAGGUGGAGCCCUGAAGAAAACCCAAAACAACAAAUGGGCCCACGUGAUGUGUGCUGUGGCGCUUCCCGAGGCGAGGUUCGGCGACGAAGCAAAGAGGAGUCCCAUUGAUACCAGUAGGAUCCCCAUGCAGCGCUUUAAACUGAAAUGCAUCUAUUGUCGCAGCCGUUGCGCUGGGAAGCGGCAGGCAGGGGCUUGCAUCCAGUGCUCAUGUGGCCGCUGUCCCACCUCCUUUCACGUGACCUGCGCCCAUGCUGCCGGGGUAACCAUGGAGCCGGACGAUUGGCCAUAUGUGGUGUCAGUCACCUGCCAUAGACACCAGUCACGGAGUUCGUCUGCUAAUCAGAGAUUGUGCCAACCUGUGAUCUCACUGGGACAGACCGUGAUCUCCAAACACAAGAACCUGCGUUACUACAGCUCCAAAGUAACAGAGAUCACCUCGCAGACUUUCUACGAGGUCAUGUUUGACGACGGCUCCUUCUCUAAUGAUACCUACCCCGAGGAUAUCGUGAGUAGAGAUUGUGUGAACCUUGGUCCUCCUGAAGUCGGGGAAGCUGUUCAAGUAAAAUGGCCUGAUGGGCUUUUUUAUGGUGCUAAAUACCUGGGAUCCAACGUUUCCUACAUGUACCAGGUGGAGUUUGAAGAUGGAUCGCAGGUGCUGGCUAAAAGAGAAGAUAUCUACACUUUAGAUGAGGAUCUUCCUAAAAAGGUGAAGCGUAGACUUUCGACGGCCUCAAGUAUGCGUUUUCAGGAUGCCUUCUUCACCACGCAGGGGGAGAGGAAAAGACAGAGGACACCCAACUCACGCUUCCAGAAUGACUAUGUGGCCCUGCCAGGCCUCCGUACAACUGCCAAAAGCACAUUGGAGCACCGCAGCCACAAAGGGAAAUGAAGUCAUGGCAAACGAAUGCACUGAAUUAGCAGUGGAUGAGAGCUGUUGUCUAUUUUUUAUUUUGCCUCUUCCCUCUGUGUGAGUGUAUGCUUUAGUCUUCAGGAUCUGCUUCCUUCCAUCCUAACGACACAAAGAUUCCCUUUGCAACGAUCGCAGGAAGUGAUCUAACGGAAUCUGGGUUCGGCGGACAUUUUAUUCCCACGAUGAUCGAGUGGGCGGCGUGACUACAGGUCGGAGGGGAAGCCUGGGGGGAUUUACAUAAACGGGGGGGCUUCACUGCCUCUGUCAGGGAAAAAAAAAAAAAAAAACAUUUUCUGAAAUCACUAAUCCCGUCUUUGUACAUUGAAAAUUAAGAUGAUUUUUUUUUUUUAAAUAUCCUGUUCAUGGCCAUUUGUUUUUUUGUGGAAGGGUGAUUUUGGAUUCACUCUGCUUGUUGAGUUUUCAGUUUUGAUUUUAGAAGUUUAUGUUCCCUGAUUGUAAUAUUCUCCAUUUCCUUUUCACUGCAUGAUUAACACUGUCUCCUAACUGCUUCUGCUAGACCCAGUCCAAGCAAACCGUCAUGGCUUCCUCUCUGCAUGCCUGUUUGUUCGUGUUUAUCGCUUCCUCUGGAAAAUAUUCAGACAGGAAUCCAUGGCUUUGUGUUGGACCUGGUCUUCAACUGAUGUGAAAUGCUACUGUUGCUCUGUUAAAUCAAACCCAGUGUUGAAAUUAUUUAAAAUUUGUAUUUAUUUUGUUUUUUGUUCCUUUAUUUGUUUUGUUUCUUUUGGUUUUUUUUUUUGGCUUGAUAGAGGUAAAAUACUACCAACUGCUGUAAAAAAAAAAAAAAAAAAA